UCCAGUGAGUCUGUUAUCUUCUUAAAAUAGCCCCUGCAGAGGCUUUUGGAGCCACUUGGAGACAAAGCUCUCCAAUCAGAGGUUUAUUUUGGGAAAGGCUAUCGACAUUCCCCUCUUUGACUGCCUAAGGGGCCCGAUUGACAGGACAACUGGGGUGGACAGGAAGGCCUUACCCCCUCCCCCCCUCCGCCUGUCAGUAUGGCAUUCCAUGGCAUGUGCUGCGGUAGCUCUGGCCAGUAGCCCUUCUGAUUCCUUUCUCUGCCCACCUGUUUAUCUCUCUUUCUCCCCUUUGCUCGGCUUGUGUGUGUGUGUGUGUGUGUGGGGUUCACCCACGUGUCCCCAGCCGCCUCCAGGAGGAGCUGGGACUUUACCCCAGCCACAGGGCGAGCUCAGCCGUCAGGGAAGUACCCCUCUCUGACAGUCCGGGGACCGCUGAGACCCCCCCCCCCCCUGGCAGAGACAGGCAAGCUAAGGGACGAGCUUCGGGAGGCAGAGUACAGGUAGAGCCAUGGUUGCGGAGGAGGCGGUGAUCACGCUGUGCGGCGGCGCUCCUUGGGGCUUCCGUCUCCAGGGUGGCGCCGAGCACCAGAAGCGGCUGGAGGUGUCCAAGGUGCGGAAGCGCAGCAAGGCAUGCCGGGCAGGUCUUCGUGAAGGUGAUGAGCUUCUGUCAAUCAAUGAGCAGCGGUGUGGGCAGCUGACCCACGGCCAAGCCAUGAGCCUGAUCGACAGCUGCACAGGGAUGCUUCGUAUCAGUAUCAAGAGGCCUCCUGUGGGCUUCCAGUCCGUGGUGCUCCCGGAUCGCGCCCCGUCCCCCCGCAUCGACAAGGAGUACCGAGCGGCCCUGCGGGCCCUGUCCCCGCCCGGCACCGGUUCUGCCCCCCAAAGGCCGGCUGAGGUCCCCCGGGGAGGCUUGCUCUCCCCCACGGGCCGGGAGUGGGUGGCCUCCCCCCCGGGCAGCGAGGCAUACUACGCCGAAACGGACAGCGAUGCCGACACCGUGCAGGAACGGCAGAGGCGGCAGAGACGCCGAAGUCCCAACAGUGACAGCGGUGGCGGGGGCCGGCGGGAGAACCCGCCUGGAGUGGCCAGGAGGGAGGUGGUCUUCCGGCCCCCUGAGGAGGGCUGGGCCACGCCGCUUGAGAACGGCAUCGGAGACACCCGGGCCUGUGACGAGCAAGGCGCCGCGGACGGCCCCGGUGCCAACGAAGCUGACAGCGGCUUUCAGGAGCUCCCGGGCCUGGCCCCCCUGGUGGCCCCUGAGCGGGCAAAGGAGGCCCUCCGGCUUGUGUCCACGGGGGCCCUGGUGCCCAUUGUGGGGCCUGUGAUGCAGCCCAUGGACGAGGAGCUCACUGUUACCUACAGGGACAGAGCCAAGCAAGCCAAGCUUCACCGUGGUGAGAGCGUCCAGGAGAAGCAAGUGAAAGAAGCUCGCACCAAGUGCCGCACCAUUGCCUCGCUGUUGACCGACGCCCCCAACCCGCACUCCAAGGGCGUGCUCAUGUUCAAGAAGCGGAGACAGCGUGCAAAGAAGUACACGCUCACUUGCUUUGGCAGCGUCAACGGCGACCUUCGUCCGAACGGUGACGAAGAGGAAGAGGAGGACGCUAUCUUCCUGGGCAGUGAAUCUGAGCUUGAUGAGGACGGUUUUAUGUCGGCUCCAGACUCUACCUGGGACAGCGACUACCUAGACAUCCUGGAGAAGAAGACUCUGGUUCACGAUGCGGAGAUGGAUGGCCUUGGCCUGAAUGCUACUUCGGGGAAAGGUGCCCAGCUCUUUGAACAGCAAAGGAAGAAGACAGUGGAGUUGCAGGACAUCAAAGUCAAGAAUCCGGUGACGCCUUGUGUAACUGAAAUUCCCACAUUAACCAUGCCGGUCACACCUGUUAUUCAGAUUACACCGGUAACACCAGUCACACCAGUUACACCAGUUACACCCAUGAACUACAACUCCAUGAAUGGAGAUUUGCUUUCUGUGAGCAAAACCUCCUUCAUGAUUACACCCCAGGUCAUUGCCUCUGAGUCAGGUCGCCCCGCUCCCUUAGCCUCCAGUCAGCAGGGGGAGCUGCCUUCUGGCUCUGUGCUGAACAGGACUGCACGCCCGUUUGCACCUGGCUUUGUCAGUCACUGUGCCAUUAGCUCGCCGGUAGUUUUCCAUCCCAGCGCUGCAAAGAAGGCCACUGCCCAAGCAGCACCAGCAGCGGAUGCCUUCCAAGGGUCAUCGACCUCUUCCCCCUUCAAAGGAGAAGUCAAGCGAGCCGUCUCCGUUUCCUCCCUCUACAUCCCGGCCCGGUCUCCUGCUUACAGUGUUCCCCCGCAGACUGUACACUCCCCUCCACCUGUCACUUCCCCACCCUUCUCUCCCCCAACCACCCCCUUCUCUCCAACAUCUACACCUGCUGGAGCCUUCUCUCCUCCCCCUGUUCUCUCUUCUAACUCAGUGCUUUCAGCUCCUUACUGUCAAACUGCCACACUCUUUGCUCCCUCUACCCUACCUUAUUCUGCUCCCACUGCACCUGCUACGCCCUUUCCUCCACCUCCAUAUCCAGCUUACCCUCCCAGGCUUCCUCCCGAUGAUGUAAACUCUUCGCUGACUGCCCAGAAGGUGUCCUUCAGUCCCCUGAUCACAUUAACUCCACCAGCCCCUACCACAGAGCCUCACUUCGCCCAGUCUCAUCCCACACCCACCUCCACUGAGGCCCUAGCUUCCCGUGAGCAGAGGAUCUCGGUGCCAGCGGCUCGCACAGGGAUCCUGCAGGAGGCACGCCGCCGUGGCUCCAAGAAGCCCAUGUUCAGCCUUCCCGAAGAGAAGAAGGCUACUUCCCCCAACCCUGAGCUGCUAUCGCUUGUUCAGAACCUAGAUGAGAAGCCCCGGGCUGGAGGUGAGGGAGGAUUCGAGUCUGGGCCGGAGGAAGACCUCCUGAACCUGGGGGCGGAAGCCUGCAAUUUCAUGCAAGCCCAAAGAAACAAGCUCCCCCCACCUCCCAUCGCUCCCAAACCAUCAGCUCCCCCAGUGCCACAGAUGGGCGGCAAGGGUGCAGAGCUGUUUGCCCGCCGACAAAGCCGCAUGGACAGGUACGUGGUGGGCAGCGACACUCCACCUCCAGCUCAGUUCGUCUCCCCCAGGGAGCCCCAUCAGCCAUCACCCACUCCCUCCGUCUCGGGGCAGUGGAAGUACUCCCCUAACAUUCGUGCGCCCCCCCCCAUCAGCUACAAUCCCUUGCUGUCCCCAUCGUGCCCCCCGACAGCACAGCGCGGCAUCAAGUCCUCUGAGGCCACAGGCAGUGCUAAGAAGGGCUCACAGAAUCCAGGAAUUAAAGCAGUUGAUGUCUUGAGCAGGCAGCCUCACCAGUUGAGUUCUUCUUUGUUCACCUACGGCGGAGGUGUCAAGCAGCAGCCUGAGGCCUCAUCUUACCAGUCACCCGGACAUCACCAGGGUGGACGGGCAGUGGGCAGUUCGCUGGUCUCACCCAAGCAGGUGCCCAUCAAGGCGGCUCGUGUCCAUGAGAUCAAGAGGUUCUCAACUCCGACACCUAUGUCGACGUCUUCGUCCUUGGCUCCCACCACCAUUGCUCCACGCUCUGCCACCACCUUGGGGGAGCCGAUUUUGCGCACUGAGGAAGCUUUUGUGAACACCCCUCGUUUCACCCCCUCUGAUCCCAGUCCCACCUACACCUCAGCUCUACCAGAGCUGCCUAAGUUCUCCACCACCCCAGUCUUCAACCCUACCCCCAACCCUCCCUACAGCCCUGUCCAGACCUCGAGUGUCCCCUACGGCGGGAUCCAGGCCCUGAAGCAGUUUAAAAGUGCCCCGGAGCUCAGCCCCUUGGCUAACCCCACCCUGCAAUCACCGGCUCCAGGGAACUCAUCUGCAAUCCGAGUUCCUAGACCCAAUUUCAGUGCUUCCAGGAUGGGCAUCCAGGCUAAUGUGUGGAGGCCAACAUCCAUGCACUCCUGAGUGUGGAUUUGGAAGGUUCUUCACUUAUCCUGCAGUAGAACAUUGAUCAUCUUCUGAGGCCAACAUGUGAUCAGUUUUCAUGUCAGCUGCUGUGUCUAAAAAAAUUUUUUUUGAACUGAAAUUAGUAAAACCUGAGAAUGAGCAUUAAUUGCUGCAAAUGAAAUCGUAAAUGGGCAUUAAUAAUGGAACAUUUAUAUUAUAGACUGCAUAGUAACAAUAAUACCAUUUUGGAUCCCUUUUUAUUAGUAAUGCAAAUCAUAUGCAAAUAGGGUGUAAUCACAUUAAAAACAGCAGGUAACCUUUAUCAAACUAAAUCAUGCACAGCAAUCAUUGAUAAGGCCUCACAAUUUUGAUCAUUUAAUAAAUAAAAAAAUUUACUUGUGAUUAUUGAACACCCUUGGAAAUUGUCACCAAAAAUUGCUUACAAUUUCAUUUUCUCCCUUCAAUUAAAACAACAAAUAUACCUAUAAAUAGCUGAACUUGAAGGGUAUACAUUAAUCACCUCAUUAAUCAAUGACUUGUACUGAUACUUUGUUGUACUCAAUAUUCAAUGGCAUGCUUAGCAAAUGUAACCACUGUUAACUGUUCUGGGGAUUGUGGGACCUCAGACCCUCAGGGCAGCACUUUGAAUUGUAACAACCUGAUCUCAUGAUGCACUGCAGGACUGUGUUUGGGUUCAGAGAGACACAGUAACACUAUCACACCUCAUAGUUAUAUCAUUAGAAAGAAAGACAGACUGAACCCUAUUCUAAAUGAAUCUCAUAGCUGCCUAUAUCUUCAUUAGAAUAUCACUGGAACGCAAGCAAACCAGUUCUACAAAAUGUGGACUGCACAAGGUGUCUCUGCAGUUUUGGACAGAACAAAGCACUCCCUGAUUUUUUGUGAGGAUUCUGUGGCAGAUGUAUGUAUUUGAGUCUUCGUGAUUUUGCUGUCGUCUCUGUAGUAGGAAACAAAGGCCUGUUUGCAGUUUUUUUUGGGCGUUGGUGCCCUGUGAGAUGUAACGUGCAGCUCCUGACACUGUGACAUGAUAAAAAUGAGUAAGAAGAGUCUGUACAGACAGUCAUUGUGAGAUAUGUAGGGCUGGGAUGUCUGCGUUUUCUAUGAAAAUGGCGGUCUUUACAGUGCCACACUUAUUUGGACGUGAUGGGUGUGAGAUGUGUUUCUUGCUCAGGCCUGCAUGUGUUAAACUUACUCUUUACUUACUAGCUUGCCAAUGCUUUUAGGUAGCGGCCUUUCUCACUACUCAUGGAUUUUAGUGAAUCGCUGAGAAGUAACUAGCAAUUAGAUAUCACAGAUAUCGAGGGACUUGAAUUUACAACCUACUGACUAAGAGUCAAGUUCCCUUCUCCUUCCUGGACACUGGAUGGAAUCAUAUGGGGACAGAAUAUGAGCAUAUUGGGAUUCUGUCUUACAAUUAAAAUGUCCUGGUGUAGUGACCAGUGUUUGAAUCUACAUAGAUUGGUUAUUCUUGCAUAGCCUACGAUAUUUGGAUGUUUAAAUGUGUGGUAGUUGUACCAUAACUGCUCUCCAUCAUCAGCACACACUAAUUGUGCCCAGCAGAAUGAAAUUACUGUGAGUGUUAGAGUGGAUAAUUGUUUAUUAGAAUGAAUAGUUGUGAAUAAUGUGAAGUUACAUGAGAGUAACAGGUCCGGGAUCAGAUACAGAACUGUGUAAUGAGCACGGAGAAGCCCUGAGGGCGUGUGGCCAGUGAUGUGGCAGUCAUAAGAUGAGCGAAAGAGAGAAACCAAGUGAGUGAUGGUCUUCAUCGGAGGGUCAGGGUGUGGACCACACCUGCUCCUGGACAUAUUCACCGGAGUUCAUUGUGGAUUCUGAGCAUGUUUGAUGUAAUGUCCUCCUGAUGUCAAGUGACUACUGAAGGGAAAUUAGGAAGGAGAAAACCCCCCUCACACUGCCUGAGGAGACACGGAGGGAAUGGCAGAUGUUUGGAUAGUAUCCUGAAGGCCUUGGAAUGGCUUCUUCUGUAUCCUCACGUUCAUGUAUAUAAAACAUCUUUGAGUGUCACAGUUGUCCUGUCCUGUGUUUUUUUUAAUUGUAAGCUUAUAUAUCUGAAUGAAUAUAUAAUGAGCUUCACCCUGAUCUGUUGUUCUUGCUAGAAAUGUUCUCAAUAAACUGCAGUCACUCAACAGCC